AUGGAUGCUGUCCUGCAGAUCUUCAAGCGAAGCAUCUGUCCAAGCACCCCAUUUUUCAAAUCACUCACUAAGAAGCCUCCUACAACGAUGGACGAAUUGUUUUGGCGUGCGAGCAAAUACUCAAUGCUCAAAGAUGACGUGCGAGUAGCCACCCAGCAAAUCUUGGUUGCCGGACAGGCAUCCAGAAAUGGUGCGGAAAGAAGUGCCAAACCUCCGGACCGGCCAAGGCCAUUUGAUCGAAGGCAGGAAGGGCCAAGUCGCCCGGAACUGCCGCCCCUCACACCCCUUUCCAUAUCCUAUGAGAAUCUUCUCCCUAUGAUCCAAGAUAUGUCCGACUUCAGGUGGCCUAGACCCCUCGGAACGGACCCAUCCAAAAGGGAUCGUAGUAAAAAAUGUGUCUACCAUAAGGAGCAUGGUCACACAACGGAGACGUGCAGGAGCCUCCAUUAUUUGGUCGAAAGGCUUAUAAAGGCGGGACAUUUGAGGCAAUACCUCCGCUCAGAUGCCGGAGGUAGAGACGCUUCCCGAAAUCACAACUCUGGAGCCCCCACGGCUCCAACUGCCCCCAAAACCAUUAUAAAUUAUAUUAAUGGAGGUCCAUUGGACGAGGAGCACGACUCCAAACGAAAAAGACAGAGAUUGUUGCGGGCAACAUUAAUGCGUGAGCGUAUCAAUUCCAUUCGGCUUGGGAUAACGCGGGGGAGGGGGGGGGCUCGCCCCAUAGAUGAGACAAUCAUUUUCCCACCAGUAGACCCCACACGGAUUGCAACCGCACCGCGACGCCCUCAUUCUGUCCUUCGAGAUAUGAAACUUUGA